AUGACUACCACCCAGAAUAUCAAGUCUCGGUUUCCGGAUCUGAACUUUGUCAAGCCUAUUCCCGUCCAUGGACACCCGAGAUACAAACCAUUCAAUGUCAAAUUUGACCCAAAGCGCAUUGUCCUGCCAAAAGGCCAUACCAAAGAAGAAGGGCGGAAGCAAAUGCUGGUCGACUCCGUCCUUGACCGCGACACGGCGAUCCCUUUGCGAGACGGAGUUCAUGUGUACGCCGACAUCUACCGCCCAGCUUCUUCGGGUGAAGCCACAGUCCCCGCAGUGAUUUGCUGGAGCCCCUAUGGCAAGUCUAGCAUUAGCAUCGAUAUUGCUUGGCACCGCUCCGGGGUUCCCAAAGACUGGACAUCCGGAUACGAGACAUUCGAAGGCUUGGACCCAGCAGACUGGUGCAAACGGGGUUAUGCUGUCGUCAAUGUUGACGCCCGCGGUGCUCAAUUCUCCGAAGGAUCAUUCUUUUUCUGGGGUGACCAAGAAGCGGAGGAUAUAUACGACACCAUCGACUACUUGUCAAAGCAACCAUGGUGCAAUGGCUCUGUCUGCAUGGGCGGCAAUUCAUACCUGGCAAAAGCCCAAGUCAGCUACGCCUCCAGACAAUCUCACCCGGCUUUGAAGGCACUGGCUCCAUGGGAAGGUUUCACGGAUAUUUACCGCCAGCUUCUUCGCCGCGGCGGGUUUGCGAUGCAUAACACCUUCGUGUCGAAAUACCAAUGGGGUGUUGCCGGCAACCAUGAAGUGGAAGACAUGACCCAAAUGGUGAAAACCCAUCCGCUUUUCGACGAAUACUGGGCCGGCAAGUAUGAUGAGGUUGAGAAGAUCAAUGUCCCGAUGUACCUGUUGGGGUCUUUUUCCAACCCGUUCCACAUCUACGGGUCCUUCGACACCUAUCGCCGCGCUGGUUCAACGAAGAAGUGGAUGCGUGUUCAUGCUACCUUCGAAUGGUAUGAAAUGUAUGAACGCAACUCGAACGAUGAUCUGCAGCGCUUCUAUGAUCGUUAUUGCAAAGGAAUCAUGAAUGGCUGGGAAACGGAUACGCCUUCUUUGCGCUUGUCUCUUCAUGGAUUCGGAUCUGUUCCCAACAUCGUGGAAAGACCAGAAACCGAGUUUCCACUUCGCCGACAACGGUUGCAAAGUUAUUAUCUCGAUGCGGCCACCAGGUCACUCAAUCUGACUCCCCGGGACUCCGAGGCUUCCAUUUACCACGACGCACACGGUCUUGCGGCUCCCACUUCGGAUUUCGUUCUGAAAUUCGAUGACUACACUGAAAUCGCUGGAUAUACCAAGGUCCGCCUCUGGAUGUCCUGCAAACAAAGGGAUGAUAUGGAUGUUGUUGUCCAACUCCGUAAGAUUGAUGAAUCUGGUAAUAUGCUAGAGGGCGUCAACUUCCCGUGCCCGGUACCAGCAAGCGCGAUCCCGGAUGCUGAGACUUCUAAGCUCUACGGUCCUCAGGGAUUCCUCAGAGCGUCUUCCUCUGUCUCCCGUGAUCAGGCACGAUCAAGCUCGGACGGGCAGGAGGUCUUUUAUCGACACGAUCGCGAGGAAAAGAUCACCCCGGGAGCUAUUGUGCCAUUGGAUAUUACCCUGUGGCCCACAGGUAUGGUUUUCGCAGCUGGUGAAGGACUUCUGCUUCGUGUCGGAGGUCACUUUUUGAGUGCGCCUUCGGCUGCAGCGAUGAAGCCUGUGGAAUCUGAAGAUGAAAAUGUGGGCCAACACUACAUCCACACAGGAGGUGAGCAUGAUUCGUGCCUUGUACUUCCGGUAAUUGCCGGAAGCAGACCGUAA